UUAUCGGGUUAGCCCAGUUGAGUUCUGGCUUCGUAGCCGAAAGGUAUGGCCAAAAUGUUUAACCGCUGUCUAAUCUCCCUGCUGCUGCUGGCACCUGCUGUUUCGGCCUACUUCGAGGGCUGUGAUAACACCUACAACCUCAAUGCGGGCACCACCUACGUGGAAUCGCCCUACUAUCCCAGCAAUUAUCCCGGCGGAACAUCCUGCCGGUACAAGUUCGUCGCGCCCUUGGAUUACUACAUUCAAGUUCAGUGCAAUAUAGCACUGCCAUCGAACAAUGGCCAGUGCAACACGGAUAACUUUUGGGUAGACCAAGAAGGCGAUCCGCUGAUGCGAAGUGCGGAAAACUUCUGCGGUUCAGGGUCCUUUUCACGGGAGUCUCUCUUCACUGAACUGGUGUUCGCCUACAUUUCCACCGGAACAAGUGGUGGAAACUUCAAGUGUGCUUUAACCGUCACCAAACAGAACUGCAACUGCGGCUGGUCAGCCACUGCGCGGAUUGCCAAUGGCCAGCAGGCGGCGGCCAACGAGUUUCCCAGCUUCGCUGCCCUCAAGGAUGUGACCAAGAAUCAAGCAUCCUUCUGCGGAGGAACCAUUGUGGCUCAUCGUUACAUCCUGACUGCCGCCCAUUGUAUUUAUAUGGUCAGUCAGGCUACCAAUAUUGUAGCUAUAGUUGGAACCAACAAUCUGAAUAAUCCUUCCAGUUCCGUGUACUACCAACAAUACAGUAUACAACAGAUGAUACCCCAUGAGCAGUAUGUGAGUGAUCCCAAUGUGAACAACGAUAUAGCGGUUUUGAUAACCGCCACCAAUAUUAAAUGGUCCCGUGGUGUGGGUCCGAUUUGUCUGCCGCCUGUUGGAACAACCUCACCAUUUACCUAUGACACCGUGGAUGUAAUCGGAUUUGGAACCCUCAUCUUUGCCGGACCAACUUCGGCAACGCUUCAGAAGAUCAAUUUGAAUAUAGUGACCAAUCAGGAUUGCCAGACGGAGUACAACAAUGUAGCUACGAUAUACACUGGCCAAAUGUGCACCUAUGACUAUUCGGGAACUGGCCGCGACUCCUGUCAAUUCGAUUCAGGUGGUCCAGUCAUUCUGCGCAAAACCAGACAGUUUUUGGUCGGAAUUAUCAGUUUUGGAAAGAGCUGUGCGGAAAGUCAGUAUCCAAUGGGUGUAAAUACCAGGGUAACUUCCUACAUCAGUUGGAUCCGCCAAAAGAUCGGGAACUCUAAUUGUGUCGUUAGCUUGUAAAGGGAAUAAAAUGUUUGGAUCAAGAUCUUAAUUGAUUGGGAUGGGAGGAAAAGCGAAUGGAUGAUGGUUAAGGAUUUUGUACUUCAUAAACCUCUUGGUUGUAAAGCUUUAAUUACAUUGUUAAAUAAACAUUUAUCUAACAAAACCAA